UUUCCACAACGAGGUUUUUUCUCUCUAGAGGGACAGGAGUGUUGGUUAUGUGCAUCUGAAGGCUGGCUUCUUGCAAUGAAACUGUAGAAGAUUCGCAGUUGUAAAUAUCUGCAGACGUCUGACAGAGGCUGCAUUAUCGUCGGCAUUAAGGUGUAGUAGCACCCGCUCCGCCCGCCAACAUGGUGGCCCUGUCGCUGAAGAUCUGUGUACGCCAGUGCAACGUGGUGAAGACCAUGCAGUUUGAGCCCUCCACGGCUGUCUAUGACGCCUGCAGGAUGAUCAGAGAGAGGGUUCCGGAAGCCCAGACCGGACAAGCCUCUGACUACGGUCUAUUCCUCUCCGACGAGGACCCCAGGAAAGGGAUCUGGCUGGAGUCAGGGAGAACCCUGGACUACUACAUGCUCCGGAAUGGGGACAUUCUUGAGUACAAGAAGAAACAGAGGCCACAGAAAAUCAAGAUGCUGGAUGGGGCUGUGAAAACCAUCAUGGUGGAUGACUCCAAAACCGUGGGAGAGCUGCUCGUAACCAUAUGCAGUAGAAUAGGCAUCACCAACUACGAGGAGUACUCUUUGAUCCAGGAGGUGGUGGAAGAGAAAAAGGAGGAUGGGAUGGGCACCCUGAAGAAGGAUCGAACACUGCUACGAGAUGAAAGGAAAAUGGAGAAACUCAAAGCCAAGCUUCACACAGACGACGACCUGAACUGGCUGGACCAUAGUCGGACCUUCCGUGAGCAGGGAGUGGACGAGGCUGAAACCCUGCUGCUCAGACGCAAGUUCUUCUACUCCGACCAGAACGUGGACUCCAGAGACCCCGUCCAGCUCAACCUGCUCUACGUCCAGGCCCGUGACGACAUCCUGAAUGGAUCCCACCCCGUGUCGUUCGACAAGGCCUGCGAGUUUGCCGGGAUUCAGGCCCAGAUCCAGUUUGGACCCCACAUAGAGCACAAACACAAACCUGGAUUUCUCGACCUGAAAGAGUUUCUCCCAAAAGAAUACAUCAAGCAGAGGGGAUCGGAGAAGAAAAUAUUCCAGGACCACAAGAACUGUGGCGAGAUGACAGAGAUCGAGGCCAAAGUGAAGUAUGUGAAACUGGCCCGGUCCCUUCGCACAUACGGGGUUUCCUUCUUCCUGGUGAAGGAAAAGAUGAAGAGUAAGAAUAAGCUGGUGCCGCGUCUGCUGGGCAUCACCAAAGAGUCUGUGAUGCGGGUGGAAGAGAAGACCAAAGACGUGGUCCAGGAGUGGCCCCUUACCACCGUAAAGAGGUGGGCCGCUUCGCCCAAGAGCUUCACCCUGGAUUUUGGGGAGUACCAGGAAAGCUACUACUCUGUUCAGACCACAGAAGGAGAGCAGAUCUCUCAGCUCAUCGCUGGAUACAUCGACAUCAUCCUGAAGAAGAAGCAAAGUAAGGACCGCUUUGGUUUAGAAGGAGAUGAGGAGUCGACCAUGCUGGAGGAAUCCGUUUCCCCAAAGAAGUCCACCAUCCUCCAGCAGCAGUUUAACCGCGUGGGCCGGGCCGAGCACGGCUCAGUGGCCCUGCCGGGGGUGAUCCGCUCUGGCUCCAUCGGCACAGAAUCCCUCAGCGUGGGCUCCAUGCCUUCCGCCCAGCAGCAGAUCACCAUGGGCCAGAUGCACAGGGGGCACAUGCCCCCACUGAGCUCAGCCCAGCAGGCUCUUAUGGGGACCAUCAACACCAGUAUGCAGGCUGUGCAGCAGGCUCAGGCUGACCUGGGAGAGGUGGAUGACCUGCCACCACUAGGCCAGGACAUGGCUUCUAAGAUGUGGAUUCAGAACAAGGUGGACGAGUCCAAACACGAGAUCCAUUCCCAGGUGGACGCCAUUACUGCAGGAACCGCCUCCGUUGUCAACCUCACGGCUGGUGACCCUACGGACACAGACUACACGGCCGUGGGCUGUGCCAUCACCACCAUCUCCUCCAACCUGACGGAGAUGUCCAAGGGCGUCAAGCUGCUGGCUGCGCUCGUCAAUGACGACGUCGGCGGAGGCCCCGAUCUGAUGAGGGCCGCAAGGACGCUGGCCGGUGCCGUGUCCGACCUGCUGCUGGCCGUGGAGCCCGCCUCCGGGGAGCCUCGGCAGACGGUGCUGACAGCGGCAGGAAGUAUAGGCCAGGCCAGCGGGGACUUGCUGCGGCAAAUUGGAGAGAAUGAGACAGACGAGAGGUUCCAGGAUAUUCUAAUGAACCUGGCCAAGGCUGUGGCCAACGCGGCGGCCAUGAUGGUUCUGAAGGCGAAGAACGUGGCCCAAGUGGCCGACGACACGGUGCUCCAGAACCGAGUCAUAGCCGCAGCCACCCAGUGUGCCCUGUCCACCUCCCAGCUGGUCGCCUGCGCCAAGGUGGUCAGCCCCACCAUCAGCUCCCCGGUGUGCCAGGAGCAGCUGAUCGAGGCUGGGAAGCUGGUGGACCGCUCGGUGGAGGGCUGCGUCCAGGCCUGCCUGUCGGCCACCGCAGACGGGGAGCUGCUGAAGCAGGUGGGCGCGGCGGCCGGCGUGGUCAGCCAGGCCCUGGGGGACCUUCUGCAGCACGUCCGGCACUACGCCUCGCGCGGCGAGCCCAUCGGCCGCUACGACCAGGCCACCGACACCAUCAUGACGGUCACGGAGAGCAUCUUCACCUCCAUGGGAGACGCAGGUGAGAUGGUGCGUCAGGCCCGGGUCCUAGCCCAGGCCACGUCCGACCUGGUCAACGCCAUGAGGUCUGACGCUGAGGCUGAGGUGGACGUCGACAACUCCAAGAAGCUGCUCGCUGCUGCGAAGCUGCUGGCGGACGCCACCGCCAGAAUGGUGGAGGCGGCAAAGGGGGCAGCGGCAUACCCUGAGAACGAGGACCAGCAGCAGAGGCUAAGGGAGGCGGCGGAAGGGCUCCGUGUCGCCACCAAUGCUGCUGCCCAGAACGCCAUCAAGAAGAAACUUAUCAACAGGCUAGAGAAUGCCGCCAAGCAAGCUGCUGCUGCGGCCACCCAGACCAUCGCUGCCUCUCAGAACGCCGCGGCCUCCAACAAGAACACAGCCGCCCACCAGCAACUGGUGCAGAGCUGCAAGGCAGUGGCGGACCACAUUCCCCAGCUCGUUCAGGGAGUUAGGGGCAGCCAGGCCCAGCCUGAGGACUUGAGUGCCCAGCUAGCCCUCAUCAUCGCCAGCCAGAACUUCCUCCAGCCUGGAAGUAAGAUGGUGACGUCUGCAAAGUCCGCUGUUCCCACGGUGACUGACCAGGCUGCGGCUAUGCAACUGGGUCAGUGUGCCAAGAACCUGGCCACCAGCCUGGCGGAGCUCCGAACCUCAGCACAGAAGGCUCAUGAAGCCUGUGGCCCCAUGGAAAUCGACUCAGCGCUCACCUCCGUCCAAACGCUAAAAAGCGAACUCCAAGAUGCCAUGAUGGCCGCCGUCGACGGGCAGCUGAAACCUCUUCCUGGAGAAUCGUUGGAGAAGUGUGCUCAGGACCUGGGCAGCACCUCCAAGUCUGUGGGCUCCUCCAUGGCCCAGCUCCUCACCUGUGCAGCCCAGGGCAACGAACACUACACUGGGGUAGCAGCCAGGGAAACGGCCCAGGCGUUGAAGACCCUGGGCCAGGCAGCACGAGGCGUGGCUGCCUCCACCACCGAUCCCCAGGCGGCCGCCGCCAUGUUGGAUUCAGCCCGCGACGUCAUGGAGGGCUCAGCCAUGCUGAUCCACGAGGCCAAGCAGGCUCUGGUCUCCCCCGGUGAUGCAGAGAGCCAACAGAGGCUUGCUCAGGUAGCCAAGGCUGUGUCCCAUUCCCUGAAUAACUGUGUCAACUGCCUGCCUGGCCAGAAGGAUGUGGACAUGGCCCUCAGGAGCAUCGGAGAGGCCAGCAAGAAGCUCCUGGUGGAAGCGCUUCCCCUGUCCACCAAGUCCUUCCAGGAGGCCCAGUGUGACCUGAACCAGACGGCCGCGGGCCUGAACCAGUCUGCAGGGGACGUGGUCCAUGCCUCCCGGGGCUCCAGCAGUCAGCUGGCCAUGGCAUCCGGAAAGUUCAGCGAAGACUUUGACGAGUUCCUGGAUGCCGGCAUCGAGAUGGCUGGACACACUCAGAGGAAAGACGAUCAGAUCCAGGUCAUCGGCAACCUGAAGAACAUCUCCAUGGCUUCCAGCAAGCUGCUCCUGGCUGCCAAGUCCCUCUCUGUGGACCCUGGAGCAGCCAACGCCAAGAACCUUCUGGCUGCAGCCGCCAGAGCGGUGACGGACAGCAUUAACCAGCUCAUCACCCUGUGUACCCAGCAAGCCCCUGGUCAGAAGGAGUGUGACAAUGCCCUGAGAGAGCUGGAGGCAGUGAAAGGAAUGCUGAACAACCCCAACGAGCCGGUCAGCGACCUCUCCUACUUUGACUGCAUCGAGAGCGUGAUGGAGAACUCCAAGGUCCUGGGAGAGUCCAUGGCGGGCAUUUCUCAGAAUUGUAAAACCGGAGACGUGCCGGCGUUUGGCGAGUGCGUGGGCGUGGCCUCCAAGGCGCUGUGCGGUCUCACAGAGGCGGCAGGGCAGGCUUCUUACUUGGUGGGCGUGUCCGACCCAAACAGCCAGGCGGGGCAUCAGGGGCUCGUCGACCCCAUCCAGUUUGCACGGGCCAAUCAGGCAAUUCAGAUGGCCUGUCAUAACCUGGUGGAACCCAACAGUAGCCCAUCCCAGGUUCUCUCUGCAGCCACCAUAGUGGCAAAGCACACCUCAGCUCUGUGUAACGCUUGCCGCCUGGCCUCCUCCAAGACAGCCAACCCCGUUGCCAAGAGGCACUUUGUCCAGUCGGCCAAGGAGGUGGCCAACAGCACGGCCAACCUGGUCAAAACGAUCAAGGCCCUGGAUGGAGACUUCUCUGAAGAGAAUCGCAACAAGUGCCACGUGGCCACAGCUCCUCUCAUAGAGGCUGUGGAGAACCUGACGGCGUUCGCAUCCAACCCGGAGUUUGCCAGCGUCCCUGCUCAAAUCAGCAGCGAGGGCUCUGCUGCUCAGGAGCCAAUCGUCCAAUCGGCGUGCUCCAUGUUGGACAGCUCCACCCACCUGCUGAAGACUGCUCGCUCAUUGGUUAUCAACCCCAAAGACCCUCCCACCUGGUCUGUCCUGGCUGGCCACUCUCGCACUGUGUCGGACUCCAUUAAGAGUCUCAUCACAGCCAUCAGAGACAAGGCCCCAGGCCAGAGGGAGUGUGACCACUCCAUUGAUAACAUCAACAAAUGUAUCCGGGACAUUGAGCAGGCCUCUCUGGCAGCCGUCAGCCAGAACCUGCCCUGCAGAGAUGACAUCUCACUGGAGGCUUUGCAAGAGCAGCUGACCUCCACCGUGCAGGAGAUUGGUUACCUGAUCGACCCCAUCUUCACUGCCGCCAGAGGGGAGGCCGCCCAGCUGGGUCACAAGGUGACCCAGCUGGCCGGCUACUUCGAGCCGCUCAUCGUGGCGUCAGUGGGCGUGGCCUCCAAGCUACAGAGUCACCAGCAGCAGAUGACGUUCCUGGACCAGACCAAGACCCUGGCCGAGUCCGCCCUGCAAAUGCUCUACGCAGCUAAGGAGGGAGGGGGGAACCCUAAGGCGUCCCACACUCACGAUGCCAUAGCCGAGGCCGCCCUGCUUAUGAAGGAGGCAGUGGACGACAUCAUGGGGACCUUGAACGACGCAGCCAGCGAGGUCGGCAUGGUGGGGGGCAUGGUGGACUCCAUCGCUGAGGCCAUGGGCAAGCUGGAUGAGGGCACUCCUCCUCACACAGAGGGCUCGUUCGUGGAUUACCAGACUACUAUGGUGAAAUACUCCAAGGCCAUCGCAGUCACUGCUCAGGAAAUGAUGACCAAGUCUGUGACGUGUACAGAGGAGCUGGGAGGCCUGGCGUCUCAGGUCACCAUAGACUACGGUCAACUGGCCCAGCAGGGCCGUCUGGCCGCUUACACCGCAGAGCCAGAGGAGAUUGGCUUCCAGAUCAAGACCCGCGUGCAGGAGCUAGGCCACGGCUGCAUCCACCUGGUCCAGAAGGCCGGGGCCUUGCAGGUCACCCCCUCCGACAGCUUCACCAAGAGGGAGCUCAUUGAGUGUGCUCGCGCUGUCACAGAGAAGGUGUCCAUGGUGCUGUCUGCCCUGCAGGCUGGUAAUAAGGGCACUCAGGCCUGCAUCACGGCCGCCAGCGCCGUGUCGGGCAUCAUCGCCGACCUUGACACCACUAUCAUGUUCGCCUCAGCGGGCACCCUCAACGCCGAGAACGACGAAUCGUUUGCGGACCACAGGGAGAACAUAUUAAAGACAGCCAAGGCUCUGGUUGAGGACACCAAGAUGUUGGUGUCUGGAGCAGCCUCUGGUCAGGACAAGCUGGCCCAGGCCGCCCAAUCAUCUGCCAAGACAAUCACCCAGCUAACUGACGUGGUGAAGCUGGGAGCGGCCAGCAUCGGCUCCGAUAACCCUGAGACACAGGUGGUCUUGAUAAAUGCGGUCAAAGACGUUGCCAAGGCCCUCGCCGAGCUGAUCGGCGCCACCAAAUGUGCGGCAGGGAAGGCGGCCGACGACCCGUCCAUGUACCAGCUGAAGAGCGCCGCCAAGUCCUCCUCCAGAAACAUGGCUGAAGGACAUGGCGUUCCUCCCAACUCUGAUAUUAACGGUGUUCUGGUGAUGGUGACCAACGUGACCUCCCUGCUGAAGACUGUCAAGGCCGUGGAGGACGAGGCGACCAGGGGGACCAGGGCUCUGGAGGCCACCAUCGAAUGCAUCAAGCAGGAGCUUACGGUAUUCCAGUCCAGGGAUAUCCCAGACAAGUCAACCACUCCCGAAGAGUUCAUCCGCAUGACAAAGGGCAUCACCAUGGCGACAGCCAAAGCGGUGUCGGCAGGAAACUCUACGAGGCAGGAGGACGUGAUCCACACCGCCAACCUGAGUCGCAAGGCCAUCUCUGACAUGCUGACCACGUGCAAGCAAGCGGCAUACCACCAAGAAGUGAACGAGGAGGUGAGGAGCCGGGCACUGAUGUUCGGAGCUGAGUGCACUACAGGUUACAUCGACCUACUAGACCAUGUUCUGCUGGUCCUUCAGAGGCCCACGGUGGAGCAGAAGCAGCACCUGGUGGUGCACUCCAAGCGUGUGGCUGGGGCCGUGACCGAACUCAUCCAGACCGCCGAGGCCAUGAAAGGCACGGAGUGGGUGGAUCCGGAGGACCCGACUGUGAUAGCCGAGACAGAACUGCUCGGGGCGGCCGCAUCUAUCGAGGCAGCGGCCAAGAAGCUGGAGCAGCUGAAACCCAGAGCCAAGCCCAAGCAAGCGGACGAGACUCUGAACUUCGAGGAACAGAUCUUGGAGGCGGCCAAGUCUAUCGCCGCGGCGACCAGUGCCCUGGUGAAAUCGGCCUCUGCGGCUCAGCGGGAGCUGGUGGCGCAGGGCAAGGUGGGCUCCAUCCCUGCCAACGCGCUGGAUGAUGGACAGUGGUCCCAAGGCCUCAUCUCUGCGGCACGACUGGUUGCGGCCGCCACCAGUAACCUGUGCGAGGCAGCCAAUGCCUCUGUCCAGGGCCACGCCAGCGAGGAGAAGCUAAUCUCCUCCGCCAAGCAGGUAGCGGCCUCCACCGCUCAGCUCCUGGUGGCCUGCAAGGUCAAGGCAGACCAGGACUCGGAGGCCAUGAGGAGAUUACAGUCUGCUGGGAACGCAGUAAAGCGGGCUUCGGACAACCUUGUGCGGGCAGCCCAGAAGGCUGCCUUCGACAAGGCAGACGACAAUAACGUGGUAGUCAAAACCAAGUUUGUGGGCGGGAUUGCACAGAUCAUCGCAGCGCAGGAGGAGAUGCUGAGGAAGGAGAGGGAGCUGGAGGAGGCCAGGAAGAAGCUGGCCCAGAUCAGACAGCAGCAAUACAAGUUCCUGCCCAGCGAGCUCCGCGAGGACGACAACUGACAAAGCUGCUACGAGAGUAUCCCGCCGCUGUGUGUGUGCGUGCGUGUGGCGAAGGGGGGGUGUAUGUGUGGGCGUGUGUCUGUAUUUGUAGGCUGCAUGGGCUCACCAUGCACACAGUGGUGACCUAAAUGAUUGUUUAUGUUGGUGCGUGACGCGGCUCAGCUAAGCUGGCCUUUUGUGUUCCUGCUCUUUCAGCGGGGUUGAAGUCCAGAUGUGGACGCCGAAAUGUUCCUUUCGAUUAGGAAUGGUGUUAAAGCUCUAAGAUUGUGUACCCAUGUUUAAGCUUAUCAUACUGUACAUACUUACUGUGGUACUUUUAACAGCCUACUUGUCUUGCAUAAUUUACCAAAAAAUUGUUCGGAAUAAGCAUUUAACUGUCAAACUAAAUUUGAAAGUACAGUUAACUGAAGAAUGAGCGAUUUAUCUAGAACUGAACAUUACUGUGGAUCCAAGCCCUUAGACAGAGGAGCAUGCAAAAUGCUACAAGAAGUACACACCAGACAUCCUUAUUUUAACACACACACUUCUCUGGUUUGGUACAAAUUUUGUGGUGCUUCAGUGCCAAUAAUUUGACUGAUAAUUUGGACUGUUGAGGUAUUUGGACCAUAUUGGAGUACAAUUAAUGUUAUUGUAGGGAAAUACUAAAGUAUUGCAAUACAAGCUAGUUAAGACACUUCUCAUAUAGAUAUAUUGCAGACUUUAAAAAAUACCCAUUUUAAACUAAGCUUCAAAUACAAAUGUAGAAAUGUUGGUCAGUCUCUUACUAUGGGUGUUUUUCUGUGUGAUCCCUUAAGACUUAUGACAUCCUCUGUUCAAGUGUAUUACAGUGUUUAACUCCAAUAAAUGCUCUGACCAUAGACACUAUAGGGGUUCCUGUACUUUAGAUAACGUGUUUGUAGGUAAAGAAGCAGUUUAAGGAGAAAUGUACCAGAAUUUCUACAGUGAGGUCAGAGAGCUGCAUCAAUCAUACAUGGACCAUUGCAUGCCCAGGUCUCCCAUUUCCUACUAAACAUUUGCUAGUUUACAGUUACGUUUUGAGCCAUUCAGGAAGUUCACGAUGCAAUAACACUAAUGGUGCUUUAGAGGGCGUUGUUGUGUUCUAUAACCUCAAGUGUGUCAAGCAAGCCCUUCAAACACAUGGACUGCUGUUGGUGGCUACAUAGUUCCCCCAUCCCUUGCAAUAUCGAAGAGACGCCGUUUUAGAAACACUAUAACGUAAGCAAGGAGUAGGAGUAUCGGUUUAUCAUGCAUUGGGAUUUUUAGGCAGUUUUGGAUUGAUGCAAAUCAUGUGACAAGUGUGAGCCGUCAGCCACAGCAGGGUUUAGCACAAGCGUGUAGUACGUGCUUUCUAUAAUUCGAAAACUAAACUGUGGAGUGCUUUAGUGACACUGUAGACUUCUUGAAUGAGUGGUGCGUCUUUGUCCACUAUGCACCAUGUACUGUGCUUCUGGUGGUUACUCUUCCCUGCUGGUCGACACGGUUUAACCUCUUUACAUGAUCCUUUUUAUAGAGGGUUUUUUUUUUUUUUUAAUGAGUGGCUCCAACACAUCUGGAUCGCUAGACUACAUCUCAUGCUUGUGGUGUUUUGCACGUGUCAGUCAUUCUAAAGGUGCUCUGUGCGACUUCCUUGGAUGUGCUACUGCAAUAUAUUGACCUUUUGCUGACCAGGUUUGAUUGUAGUGUUUGGUUCCUUAGUCUUAUUGACAGUGAGUGUAUGCAGACUAAAGCAUAUCGAGGUUCUGGUCCAGCGUUGUCCAAUGCAUGGCUUUACAGAUUUUACUCAUUUUAGUCACGACCGGAAAUGAUAGUUGUAGUCUGAGCUGCAUAUAAAAUGACAAUAAUCCCACACAAACUACAAAUAAUCCUUUUUGCAGGUAUUCUUUUCUUUCGUUUGUGUGAAAUUUGGUCUGGAGUUUGUAUUUGCUGUUGAACACUGGUCCUCUCAUCUGGUAUUUGUAGUUUAUUAGUGCCUUAGUCUGUAGUCCAUACAGCAUCCGGUCUGUUUGAGUGACUCUUUUGCCUCCACUGUUGUUGAUGAGAGGUACUGAUUAUAAGUAUUGCUUGUAUCAAUGGGUAUUCAAUAUUGAUAUCUCACACAUUGUCCAGUAGUUUCUUUUUUACAUACUCUGCAAUUUGCCCCAGUUCUCUGCCUGCUGUGAACAUGACUUUGUAGGUUCAAAGAAACGGUACAUCUGUCAAAGUUAAAUGUAUUGCAGUGUAAAAAGUUCCACCAGUAUAUAUAAGAAUGUAUAUUAUAUAUAUGAAGACAACGCAUUUUUGUACUGCAUUCCAUGGGCAUGUACCCGACACGUUGGUAUGUAACUACGGCAAAUUGAAUUUUUAGGUCUGUUACCUGAUGUAUGUACCAGUAAAAUCACUGAAGUUUUAUCGAUUUUCAGUUUUCUUAUUUUUUUGUCUUUAAGCCACUAUAAACUUUUUUUUGAAUGAUAAAGAUAAGGAUUUUAAGAUGUAUCUGUUGCUGUUAAGAUUGUAACUUUUAAAUGGUAUUGAAUAAUAUGUUCAUACCUGUAUGUUUUUUCCCUCAGCAGAAUUCAAUGACAGUGAAAUGACUACAGUAAAGAUGGAUAUGAAGUAACAUACAGUAUGUAAACUAUUUAUCUGGCCACAAGAACGAUAUUUUUUGUAUUCAAUGAAAAUAAAGGGUUUCAAAGU